CCUGCAACCUGCAACCUGGAAAAGCUGCAGGCGUCGUCCACACCCGUCUGCUGCUCUCCGCCGCCGCAGCCCGCCUCCCAUCGCCAUCACCCUCGCCAUCGCCCUCGCCCGCCGCUUGUGCCCGCUGCGAACGCUCGCUCCCACUCGGACCGCCCGCCGCCCAGCGCCCGCUUGCGUGCGACCCACCGGCGGCGCCAUUGCCUCAGCCGCCUCGCUGCUCGCUGCACCCACGCUCGCUGCCUCGCCGCACUCGCUGACGCUCGCUCUCCUCCGCCGCGCCCAUGGCUCACUCGCAGUCCGAGACGCCCUUCCUGGCGCAGCCCGGCUCGCCCGCCGACGGCCUUGACGACGCCCCGCCGCCGCCCGUCCACCGCGUGCCCGUGGGAGCCCACGCCGACAGCCAGCACUUCCCGUCGCGCCCGUCGUUCCAGCACGACCCCAACAAUUACUCGGACCUGUCGACGCCCGGCAGCGACCCGCGCCCGCUCGGCGUGCCCAGCCGCAGCCCCAGCUCUACGCCCUUCCACGACCAGUACCCCUACGACAGCGGGCUGCCGCCGCGCUCCAUGUACUCGAACCGCUCCUACGGCUCGCAGGUCCCGCUGGCCGGCGCCGGCAUGUACUCGAGCAACCACUCGCUGCACAGCAUGAACUCGGCCCACCCGGCCCCCUUCACCGACAACCCCUACAACCGCUACAGCACCGCCCCGAUGAGCAACGCCCACGCCAUGGCCGAGAUCAACCCGAACGACCUCGCCGACGACGACGACUGGGGCAUGGGGCCCGAGACGCCGCAGCAGAAGCGCCGCUCGUUCGUGCCGGGCUUUGGCGUCUCGCGCGACGGCAGCCGCAACGGCUCGCCGGGGUCGUCCAUUGCCGGCGGUGUUGCGGGCGCCGGCGCUGCUGGUGGCGCCGCUGCCUUUGCCGUCUCGAACAUCAACGGGGGGAGUGCCAACGGCAGCGGGAGCCACAUCGGCGGCCACUCUGAGCUGCUCGCCGAAAAGUCCGAGUGGUUAAAGCGCGACCACGCCAAGCGCAAGAAGCGCAUGUGGAUCGCCAUCUCAAUCAUUGCCUUUAUCGUCAUCGGCGCCAUCCUCGGCGGCGUCCUCGGCGCCCUGCUCAACAGGAACGGCGGCAGCGGCCACGACGGCCAGCACGGCUCUGUCAGCGCCGGCGACGUCGCCUCCGACAACAAGGACGACCUCAACAAGGACUCCAGCGAGAUCAAGGCCCUGAUGAACAACGCCAACCUGCACAAGGUCUUCCCCGGCAUGGACUACACCCCGCUGAACUCGCAGCGCCCGGACUGCCUGACCGUGGCGCCCUCGCAGAACAACAUCACCCGCGACGUCGCCGUCAUGUCACAGCUGACCAACUCCAUCAGGCUCUACGGAACCGACUGCAACCAGACCCAGAUGGUCAUCCACGCCAUCCAGCGUCUGGAGCUGUCCGACAUGAAGAUCUGGCUCGGCGUGUGGCUGGACGACAACAACUCCACCAACAACCGCCAGAUCGCCCAGACCUGGGACAUCCUCGACGAGUACGGCUGCGACUACUUCAAGGGUAUCAUCAUCGGUAAUGAGGUUCUGUACCGCGAGGAUCUGACCGUCGCCCAGCUGCUCACCCAGAUCACCAACUUCCGCCAGAACAUCACCAGCCACAAGUGCGACCUGCCCGUCGCCAUGGCCGAUCUCGGCGACAACUGGACCGCCGACAUGGCCACCAAGGUCGACGUCGUCAUGUCCAACGUGCACCCCUUCUUCUCGGGUACUUCCGUCGAGGACGCCGCGGCCUGGACGUGGACCUUCUGGCAGCAAAACGACGUCGCCCUGACCGCCAACGACAACAACAUCAAGCAGGUCAUUGCCGAGGUUGGCUGGCCAUCGGGCGGCGGCACAAACUGCGGCGGCGCCGCCUCGUGCACCGGGGGAUCGGUCGCUGGUAUUGACGAGAUGAACCUCUUCAUGGAGGACUGGAUCUGCCCGAGUCUGAAGAACCAGACCGAGUACUUCUGGUUCUCCGCCUUCGACGAGCCCUGGAAAAUCCGCUACAACGAAAAGGGCAAGGAGUGGGAAGACAAAUGGGGCCUGAUGGACGUGAACCGCAACCUCAAGCCGGGCCUCAAGAUCCCGGACUGCGGCGGCGCCGCGCUGCCGUCUUUCGCGUAAUCUCCUUGCUUCCCGCUUCGACAAUCGAUAUUUAGCGACACUUUAAUGAGAGCCCCGCCUCCGGGCUCUGCAUGACGGCUCGGCGUUGGGCGGCGCUUCCCCCUUAGUUGCGCGUUUGCGGUUUCUGUCCCCCUUGCUGACUGGUUUCUGGGCAUCUGCGGUUUUUUGGGAGCGGAUACACUUGCAUGGCUGGUUCUUGCGUGAAGGCGUUUCGAGGCGUUUGGUACGAUAUGCGAUGCGAUGCGAUGAGGCAGAUGAAGGCGAAGACGAAGGCGAAGGCGAACAUAAAGGCGAAGGCGAAGGCGAAGACAAAGACAAAGGCGCGCGGUCGGCGCAACCAGGUAUAUUCUGUGAAUGAGUGCGGUGUGUGCAGCAAAGCGGUUCCGAGAUGGACCCGGACAUGGAUGUGUAGAUAUUGGCGCUGUCGGUGCAUAUAGCAAGAGCAUACAAACACAAAUGCGAGCAUGUAUAGUUUUUCUUA